AGAAGCAGAGGUGUGCAGGAGGACAGAGCAGCAUGCUUUCAGACCGGCUGCCACUGAGCAUCUGUGCCUUUAAAGCCGUGUGACUGCGCCUCUGUCAAAGCCCCGCAGCCAACUUCCCACAACUGAGCCCAGCGCGGAGCGGAUCUGCCCGACGGACGCACCGAGGCUUUCAUUCCCAUCAGACCCAUGGAAUAGGCUAACUAUGGAAUACCUCUGGAUACUGCUGAUUGGGUUGUUACAGCUAAACAUCCAGCCAGCCUGUGUCGGAAACACAAAGCCUCGUAUCAUCCCAGACAGUCCCUACCUGGUUGUCCCGCUCAACCAGCCCUUUGACCUGCGCUGCCAGAGUGACAGCUUGGGACAGUGGAGGAGAGAGAAUCGGACCAAGCUGCUGUCUGCAAAACAGAUCGAUGGCAUGUGGACGCUACGUUUCCCCAAGGCUCAGCCUCAUCUUAUGGGUCGCUUUAUUUGUCAGGACGUGAUCUCCAAGGAGCAGGCCUCCAUCUAUGUCUACGUGAAAGAUCCUCAGAAUCCGUUCAGAAAAUCAAUGGUGUCCAGUAUUCUAACCCGCGAAGGAGACGCUGCUUCCAUCUCCUGCCUGGCAACCGACCCAAGUCUGAUCAAUCUGAGUCUGAAAACAUGCUCUGGAGGACCACUCCCCUCUGGUCUUCAGUUCUCUGCAAGCCUGGAGCAUGGAAUCAUCAUCCCCAACAUACAGAAGGUGUACAAAGGUUGCUAUGUGUGCACAGGGCUGCUCCAGGAGAAACCCGUCAGCUCCCAUCCCUAUCACCUGACUGUGAAACCAGUACCUGCUGCUCCUCCUGUAAUUGAGAUGAAGCAGUCCAAUAGAGUCAUUCUAGUCCGGAAUCAGAGUCUCACUCUCUCCUGCAACACCACUAACGUGAACGGAGAAAUCACUCUGAAGUGGGUGAUACCACCUGGCUCGGGUGCCGUCUGGUAUCCACAGCAACCAGCAAAGGUCGAUGGCAUUUCACGUAUUCUGAUGGAGAACUACACUCACGUACGCAGUGCCACGCUGCGAAUAGUGGCAGUGCGGCCAGAAGAUGCUGGAAGUUACAAGUGUGAAGCUAGGAAUGAAAAGGGGACCAGCACAAAGUCGGUGUGGCUUGAUGUUUAUGAAAGAGGAUAUAUAAGCUUGUUGCCCGUAGGCAACACGACUUUCCGUGUCCGUUCGGGGGACAGCUUGUCUCUGACAGUUGGAAUGGAGGCCUACCCGAAACCCCACACCUUCUCCUGGAGCUUCGAGGGACUCAAAAUGAGAAACACAACUGAUCACAUCAUCAGCACACACAAAAACGACUUCAGCUACAGCAGUGAGCUGAGGCUAGUGCGGCUGCAGGAAUCAGAAGGUGGAAUUUAUACCUUUCAAGCCUCCAACAGUGAUGCAUCAGUAAAUCAGACAUUCACCAUCUUUGUCAUCAGUAAACCUGAGAUUGUAUCCCAUGAUUGGCCGGUGGAUGGACAGGUGCGGUGUGUGGCUAAAGGUUUCCCUGCCCCCCAGAUCAAAUGGUACUACUGUGAGCAGCCGUACAUCAAGUGUUCCAAACAGAAAAAUACUUCCCAGGAAGAGCACAAUGUUAUGACUGUGACUUUGUUCAGCCGACCGUUUGAGAAGACGCAGGUAGAGAGUCGGGUGAACAUCAGCAGAGGACGGUUUAAUUUUCUGGAGUGUGUGGCGACAGCAGAGGGAGGUCAAGACUCCACUCUCUUUUCUAUUAAUGAAACCCAAAUAUCACAUUCAGUGGAAAGUUAUUGAAGCGAUCCAUGGAAACAACUAUGUGUACAUUGACACAUCACAGCUCCCGUACAACCACCAGUGGGAGUUCCCGAGAAACAACUUGCGUUUUGGAAAGACACUGGGAUCUGGUGCAUUUGGAAAAGUGGUGGAAGCCACAGCUUACGGACUCCCUGAGGCAGAUUCAGUCAUGACAGUGGCUGUGAAGAUGCUCAAAUCAAGCGCUCAUGCCACAGAAAAAGAGGCACUAAUGUCAGAGUUAAAAGUCCUCAGCUACUUGGGAAACCAUAUAAACAUCGUCAACCUACUAGGAGCCUGUACUGUUGGAGGCCCCACGUUGGUGAUCACAGAGUACUGCUGCUUUGGAGACCUUCUGAACUUCCUUCGCAGAAAAAGAGAUUCCUUCAUUUGCUGUGAACCUGAAAGAGACUACUACUACCAGAACAUCCUGCAGCAGAAACAUUCAGAAGGUGUAUUCACAGAGACCUUGCUGCCAGAAACAUCCUGCUGACUCAAGGAAGAGUGGCAAAAAUCUGUGAUUUUGGUCUGGCCAGAGAUAUCACUACAGACUCAAACUACGUGGUCAAAGGCAAUGCUCGUCUGCCAGUGAAGUGGAUGUCCCCGGAAAGUAUCUUUGAGUGUGUGUACACAUUUGAGAGUGACGUGUGGUCCUAUGGCAUCUUGCUUUGGGAAAUCUUCUCACUGGGAAAUAGUCCUUAUCCUGGUAUGCCUGUGGAUGCCAAGUUCUACAAACUGAUAAAAGAAGGAUACAGAAUGGACACUCCAGAGUUUUCCCCCAAGGAAAUGUAUGAGAUUAUGAGGUCUUGCUGGGAGCCUGACCCCUUCGAAAGACCCCCCUUCAGGAAAGUCGUAGAGUAUAUAGAGCAACAGCUGUCGGAUGCCACUAAACAU